AUGGGUGCUCAAACAACAGGUAUUAAGCCUGCACGAGACUCUACCGCCACCAGCAUACCCGUGGAGGGUGCAUCUCUGCCAAGCUCCUACCCUACUUCGCGAAUGAAGAUCGACGCAGACCGUUGCAUCGAUGACGUGCGGCCGCUGCGUGUCGCCGUUGUGGGAGCCGGGUUGUCGGGCAUCAUAGCAGGCAUUCUUCUGCCCGCAAAAGUGCCUGGCAUCGAGCUUACCAUUUUUGAAAAGAAUGAUGAUGUGGGCGGGACCUGGCUCGAAAAUGCCUACCCCGGGCUCCGGUGCGACACCUUUGCGCAUGUGUAUCAGUGCACCUUCUUGCCGAAUACGAACUGGACGGAAACGAUUGCGACUGGUGCUGAGAUUCUCCAGUACUGGAAAGACCAGGCGGACAAAUAUGAUGUGCAUCGAUACAUUAAACCCAGCCACCGCGUUGAAAGCGCCUCCUGGGACGGUGCAUUGAAAUCCUGGACUGUCACAGUACACAACACAAAGACGAGCAAGACAGGCGUGGAGCUGUUCGAUUUUGUGAUUCUGGCUAUUGGCCGGUACAAUGCGUUGAAACUACCUGACUAUCCGGGAGUUGGCGAGUUCCGCGGUCACUUGAGGCACACGUCCAACUGGGAUUCUAGCUAUGGUCUGAGCGGAAAGAGAGUCGCGCUCAUCGGCAAUGGUGCGAGCGGGGUGCAGAUACUCCCAGAGUUGCAGAAGCUAGCCGGCCAUGUAACCCAUUACGCACGCAAUCCGACUUGGAUUGCUGCUGCAAUCCCUAACACCGAACACACAUUUCAAUCACAGCCCUACACAAAAGAGCAGCUCGAGUCGUUCAAAGACCCAGAAGUGUACCUAGACUUCAGGAAGCAGCUUGAAGGCGCAUACUGGAGGAAGUACAAAGGCAUGCUCAAGUCGGAGGAGAACGUCGCCUUGACCAAAGCCCUUGUUGCUGGAAUGACCAAGAGGCUCGCCGGAAGACCAGAGUUAAUCAAACAUCUCAUUCCAGACUUCUCGCCCCAUUGCCGUCGGUUGACGUUUGGACCAGGCUACCUUGAAGCCCUUCUCGAGGACAACGUGGACUUUGUGGCGACUCGUAUAAAUCGAUUCACCGCCACUGGUAUUGAGACGAUUGAUGGGGACCACCGCGAAUUCGACGCCAUCUUUUGCGCCACCGGUGCUAACUCGGAUAUGGCUCCGCCGUUUUCCAUCACAGCCGGAGGCGUCGACCUGAAAUCCGCGUGGAAGCCGGGUGGGAAGUUUGGGUUCCCGUAUACCUACCUAGGUGCUGCAACACCUGGGUUCCCAAACCUUUUAUACGUGGGCGGUCCGCAUGCCAGUGGCCCGGCUGGUACUGUGGUGCAUAGCGUCGAGAAUCAGAUCACGUACUGCGCUAGGAUCCUUCGAAAAGUGUCUUCCCAGGGGAUUGCCAGCAUAACACCCUCGCAGAAGGCGGCAGAUGAUUUUGUGGAUUACUGUGACGCCUAUUUUCCUACCACGGUGCUGACCGACCACUGUGCUUCUUGGAACAAUGGAGGCAUUAUCGGCGCCAGGAUUCAUGGAUUGUGGCCAGGAACCGCCACUCAUCUUACUGCCGUCCGAAGAGAGCCAAGAUGGGAGGAUUGGGAGUAUGAGUAUGCGUCCACAAGCGGUAAUAGGUUUGAGUACUGGGGCAGCGGUCACACAAGAAAAGAGACGGACAUGUCUGUGGACAUGACUUCGUACCUCAGACUGCCGGGCCAAGUUGACUUGAGAACAAUCCACGAGAGUGGAUGA